AAACCAUACCCUUCACAGCGGCACAUACCUAUAUAGCCCAUAUAUGGCAGUGCCCCCUCCCCUGGGUAAUCAAUAAGAAUCAAAUAUAUUAGUCACAAGAUUUGGACCACUGAUCAAUUUGUAAUUGCUUAUUUAUGUGAGGCUGAAGGAUCAAUGUUACUUUCCCCAGGAAACACAGUUAGGAAGAGACUCUUUAUUGAUUUUAUUCUUGAAGUUUUAAGACAACAGGACAACAGGAACAAUGAUAGAAAAGUGCAUUCUUGUGACUGGUGGUGCAGGGUAUAUUGGAUCACACACUGUUGUGGAGCUCAUCAAUGCUGGAUAUGAUGUUGUUAUAAUUGACAACUUUGUGAAUGCAUUUACUGAGAGCUUAAAGAGAGUGGAGGAGAUUACUGGAAAAAAGCUUGUUUAUUAUUCUGUUGAUUUAUUGGACAGAGAUGCCUUAAAGGAUGUGUUCAGUAAACACGAAUUUUAUGCAGUUGUUCACCUUGCUGCCCUAAAGGCAGUUGGGGAGUCUGUUGCAAUGCCACUGCAGUAUUACCACAACAAUAUUACAGGUUCCAUUAAUUUACUACAGUGCAUGAAGGAACAUGGUGUUUGGAAUUUUGUCUUCUCUUCUUCAGCUACAGUUUAUGGCUUGCCAAACUGCCUCCCUAUUAGUGAGGAUCACCCAGUGGGCAAUGGUAUAACAAACCCUUAUGGAAGAUCAAAGUUCUUUAUUGAACAAAUAGUACAAGAUUUGUGCAAAGCAGAAAAGAAUAUGAAGGUUGUGAUGUUAAGAUACUUUAAUCCUGUUGGAGCUCACAAAUCAGGCAGAAUUGGUGAAGACCCUCAGGGUAUUCCUAAUAAUUUAAUGCCAUAUAUACUUCAAGUAGCGGUGGGCAGAAGACCUCAUCUGAAUGUGUUUGGUGAUGAUUACAACACUUCUGAUGGAACAGGUGUGCGAGACUAUAUCCAUGUGGUGGACUUAGCUGCCGGACAUGUUGUCGCACUUAAAAAAUUUGAUGAAAAUUGUGGUUGUCAGAUCUACAACCUUGGUACAGGAAGAGGAUAUUCUGUACUUGAAAUGGUAAAAGCUGUUGAAAAGGCAUCAGGAAAACCAGUACCAUACAAGAUUGCUCCACGCCGUGAAGGUGAUGUAGAUGCAGUGUACUCUGAUGCUUCCUUUGCUGAGAAAGAACUUGGCUGGAAAGCAACUCGAGGACUGGAGGAAAUGUGUGAAGAUGCGUGGAGAUGGCAGUUACAGAACCCUCAGGGAUUCAAUACAGAAAACAAAUAAGCAAAUUAACUUUAGUUAUUAAUAUCAGAAGCACAGGGUUAUGUUUCUGUUAAUAUUCAUAGUGGGCAUUAUGGUAGAAGAGUUGAAAUACCUCACCUCCUAUGUCAGGUCCUUUUUAGGUGGCCAACAAUAUUUUCCAGCUCUUUCUGUCACUUAUACUUUGAUGAAUCAAUGCUACAUUCUGAGGGGGUUCAGAGCCACCUUAAAUGCUUGAAAAUUUGAGGUGGCUCUGAAUCCCCUUCUUAGAAUUAUGUUAAACUUCACAAAAUGUUACAUCUUAUCAAGCUUACCAAAAAUUUGAUAAUGAUACAUGGGGGUCACUGAGUUAUGGAGUUAUAUAAGCACUUAAAUGUGAAAUUAAGGGUUCUUUUAAUGAGUUGUACUGUUGCUGCUAGAAUCUUUUAUGCUAGAAAGAUUACCAUUAUUAGUUCACCAAUGUCUGGGCAUUUAUUUGAUAUCAUUAUUCUAGCAUGACUGAUAAACAGUUGCAGCACUGAUCCAUCAAAGUACAUGCAUAGCUGUUGGAAAAGUGUGGGGAACUGUUGCCAGCCACCUUAACAUGGCUGACCAGGCCUCAAAGGAAAAGUUUUAUAAGAAAUCAGCUUAUUAGCUCUGAAGAAAUAAUUUGUUUCAAUUGAAGAACUUAAGGUUAGAACUCUAGAUGUAUUUUGACAAAACAAAGCUGAGAAUUUCAUAUGAACUAUUUUGAAAACAGCUCACCAAUAAAUUGUUGAUUGCUGAAAUUAAGUGUUUCCUUAACUAGAAUUUGAAGGGAAUAGUUUUGACAGAAAAUGAAUCUUACUGGUGGAGUAACACAAUAAUCCAUUCAUGUUGUAGUUAGUGGGGGAGGAAUUUAUUUUAUGACUUUCAAUAUAGUAAUAUAUCAUUUGCAGUCAAGUCAAGAAAGGGUCUUUUCUUGGGGAUACAAUAGUUUGAGUAUUGCACAUGCAAUGCGCAGAUGUCACAAUAUUAUUACACUUCCUGAAUAUGGUCAAUAAAAUUGAAUAAUUUGUAUUUUGUCCUUA